GGAGCCGAGGUUGUUUUCAAGUGAUCACCUCCAGGCUUGCUCCCAGCCAGAGUCAGUGGCCCAUGGGGACAGCAUGGUGAAGAGGACAUGAUAUAAAAAAGGGUGGAGGGGCCAGGCAGCACAGACAGAAAGUAGCAGCUUUCAUUAACUACCAUUAAAUAAUCAACGGAGCAUAUACAGCGUUUAUCUCUGAGCUGUAAUCUUGAGCCUACACCGAUACCAUGGCACUGCUGAAUUACUGGAUGUGUUUGGUUGCUGUAUCAUUGACCGUGACCACAAGCCGAGCUUUAAGAAGAGUCACCCUGAAGAAGCUGCCGUCCAUCAGAGAGACUCUGUGGGAGAUGGGUAUCUCUGCAGAGCAGGUGUUGACUGAGCUGACCCAGAAGAGCGCAGUAGACAGCGACAACAACGGGACUGUUCCCACACCUCUAACCAACUACUUGGACACACAAUACUUUGGGGAAAUCAGUAUCGGCUCACCGGCCCAGCUGUUCAACGUAGUAUUUGACACAGGCUCAGCCAACCUGUGGGUGCCAUCGCACAGCUGCUCGCCUUUCUCCACUGCCUGUUUUACUCACAACCAGUACGAUGCCUCCAAGUCCUGGACCUAUGUUGAGAAUGGAACCGGAUUUUCCAUCCAGUAUGCCGCAGGAAAUAUCAGGGGAUUCCUGAGCGAGGACGUGGUUGUGGUCGGAGGGAUUCCUGUGGUGCAGGUGUUUGCUGAGGCCACCUCUCUGUCUGCCAUGCCCUUCAUCUUCGCCAAGUUCGACGGAGUCCUGGGGAUGGGUUACCCCAACACGGCCAUCGAUGGCAUCACGCCCGUGUUUGAUCGCAUCAUGUCUCAGCAUGUCCUCAAGGAGGAGGUCUUCUCUGUCUACUACAGCAGGGACCCAAAACACUCCCCCGGUGGAGAGCUUGUCCUCGGCGGCACAGACCCAGACUACUACACAGGAAACUUCAACUACAUGCACACUAGGGAGAUGGGCAAAUGGGAAAUCACCAUGAAAGGUGUGUCUGUGGGGACGGAGAUGAUGUUUUGUGCAGAGGGCUGCACAGCUGUAAUCGACACUGGCUCCUCCUACAUCACGGGCCCGGCCUCCUCUGUGUCUGUGCUGAUGAAAACCAUCGGAGCACAGCUGGAUGAAAGUGGGUACAAAAUCGACUGUGACAUUGUCAAGACGCUGCCCAGUGUCACUUUCCAUCUGGGAGGUCAGGAGUACUCACUCACUCAGGAGGAUUACAUCUUGUGGCAAUCACAGAUAGAGGGGGACGUCUGCACCGUCACAUUCAGGGGCUUGGAUGUGCCGCCCCCUACAGGUCCCAUCUGGAUCCUGGGGGCCAACUUCAUUGCCCGCUACUACACUGAGUUUGACCGUCACAACAAUCGGAUAGGCUUUGCUACCGCAGUCUGACAGGAAGUUAAACAUCAGUAGUGCCUGUUUUUCUUCUCCCCAAUUUUUUCUGCUAUCUCCCGAUGUUUUAUUGAUACUUCCAGUUUUCUCUUCCUCUGCAUUGCCAUAAUCAAAAUAAAUCUGUUUUAUGAAAAUGGAAAAGCGUGCACACAAAGGAAAUCAUUAUCCUCACUUUUCUUGCAAGCCCUGCUCUCCUUCUACACAGUCAUUUGUUGCACUGAACACCUUCUGUCUUUAUUUAUAAGCGUUUAACCAGCAAAUGUGUGUGAAUCUGCUGAUUAUCAACACACAGCGAAGGUAGAAAUGCAUAUCUGUAUUGUACUGACGUGACAAGACUAAACUUGUUUAUUUGGAUCUCAAAUCAAUUCACAUCUGACUCCAUUAAAGACUGCAUUGUUUCCUUCCAAGUCUGUCGAAUGCAAUUGUGACCAUGUGAAAGUCCAGGCUGAAGUUGAAAGCAGAUUGCUCCAGCAGGAUUAAGCUGCCGCACCAGAGCAUUCAUAUAAACAUUUGUCAUUGUUGGUGAAUGACGGUGCAUAAACAUUUAUACUUUCAGUUAAAAAGGUAAAACAAUUGGAAAAAACCUUUGCACAGAGUCGGAGUCACGUGUGUUGCACAGUGUAACGUGAAACCUCACCUUUCUACAACCAAAGCUACUUCUACCCAGCGUAGCUUUAUCGUCAGGAACCAACAGUAACAUCGGGAGCGAGUGGCUGAUAAAAUGCCACAAUUACAUUUCCCUGAUUAAAUCACCCCUUUUCAUGUUUUAUGUGCAGCUUGUGAUCUCUGACACAUGAUAUUUUCAGUUUCCGUGACAGAAAGAGUUAUUUCUAGUGAAUCUCGACGGAAAAGUCUCUGAACACCGAACCUCGUCAGGAGUAAACAACAAAGAUGUGAUCUGCUUACUAAGCUGGAAACAGAGAUAACAAAACAAUAAAAGCAUAUUCAUCA